AUGUCCGAGCAAGCCGGAAAGCAGGCAGGGAAGACCCCGAGGAAAAUCGAACUUGCACUGCCACCAGUUUACCAAGGAAGCGGAUCAUACACGGAAGCUCGCAGAGGAACUCGUGACGUGCAUUUUGCCGUCCCUGGAUCUGCAUCCCGACGGAAGCCAGUUGAGGUUAUUCAAGUAGAUACGACAGCAGUGCCUCAGCCUUUUCUUGACCCAACAGUGCUCAAAAAGUCACAACAGUCUUAA